AUGGAGCCCAGCAGCCAGGCAACUGCAGCAGAUGCGGCGGCAGCGGCACCCGCUUGGGCUUCCCACUCUGGCGUCAAGACGCUCGACGGGCUGCCCAUGCCCAGCUGGAUAGUGGCGACGCCCAAGCCGAAGCGGGCGCCGGUGGGGCUGCAGGAGGCGACCCGGGAGGUGCAGUCGCUGGCGCGAGCCAACUUUGAUGAGAGUGUGGAGCUGGCCAUCAAGCUGGGCAUUGACCCUCGGCGGGGCGACCAGAUGGUGCGCGGCGCGGCCACGCUGCCACACGGCACCGGCAAGUCGGUGCGGGUGUGCGUGUUUGCAAAGGGCGAUGCGGCGCAGCAGGCGCAGGACGCAGGGGCGGAGGUGGUGGGGGACGAGGACCUGGUUGCUCGCAUCCUCGAGUCUGGCGGCGGCGGCCUGCAGUUUGACAAGUGCAUCGCCACCCCCGACAUGAUGCCCAGGCUGAGCAAGGUGGCUCGCAUCCUGGGCCCCCGCGGCCUGAUGCCCAACCCCAAGAUGGGCACAGUCACCGACAACGUCGCCGCCGCCGUCAAAACGAUGAAGCAGGGCCGGGUGGAAUUUAGGGCGGACAAGGGCGGCGUGGUGCACGCGGGGCUGGGCAAGUGCAGCUUCGCGGCGGAGGCGCUGCACAACAACGUGGGCGCCUUUGCGGCGGCCAUCCUGGCGGCGCGGCCCAAGGGCGUCAAGGGCGGCGCGGCCAGCGGCUACAUGAUAACCGCCGCGCUCAGCAGCAGCAUGGGCCCGGGCAUACCGCUCAACGUGGCCAGCCUGGUGGCUGCGGCGCAGGCCACCAAGGCCAAGAUGGAGGGCUAG